GACAUAUGUCAGUAUGAGGAACUGAACCGACAGGAGGGGGGUGUCCAAAACUAAGUCAGGUUCUGGAAGGAGCAUGUUAACGAGCUUCUAAUUCAUUUUGAUUUUUGAAAAUUAAAUGAAUGCACAGGCCGGUUUGGUUUGGUCAGCACAUCCAGAAGAAACUAUAGUCAAAUGAUCUGAGAGUGAAGGAGGGAGAAGUUUGAAGAUGGACGACGGCGGUCCGGCUUCCACGGUGGAGAGGACUUUCUGGACAGUUUGGAACUAUAUAACAGGAGCUGUCAGCAGAUUCUUCAGACCAGAGCCCACAAAUGUUGUUAGAAAUGAUCCGAACACCCUUCAGGAAUCCGCUAUUGACAGUAAGCCUGCAAAAUCUGGCCAAACAGAGGGUGAUGCCAUCGCAAGGGAAGUCGAUGAGGAACAGCAUCUUGCAACAGUCUCUGUGUCAAGCUUAUCUCAGGCAGUUGUUGCCUGGGAACGUUGCACCACAGACAUAGACUUAGGGCCUGAUGAAGGGAGUGUGCAGUACCAAACCCAGCUGAGUACAGGCAGUGAGGGCAAAGAACCUGAGGAAGAUGAGGGCAUGAGGGAGGAACUGUUUGGCCAAAAAAGAAGCGAUGAAGCAGAGACACUCAUAACUGGAUGCACAAAAGAAAAUGAACAAGAAGAAAAUAGUGUUCAGAACACUCAUGGACAAGAUGAGACGCAGGAGAACGAUGAGUAUGAGGAAGAUGUGAACUCCAGGUCACUAAGUCUUACCAGGGAUGCAGUAAGCAAAUAUGUGGAGGAAAGUGGAAAUAAAGCUGGUGCUGAGGAGGAGACAGAGAGGGUAAUGACCCCAGAUGAUCAUCAAAAAAUGGAUGAUACUAUGACAAAGGAAGAAGAAGGUGAUGAAGAUGAAGAUAAGGAAUGUUUGGAGGAAGAAGACAUUGAGGUAAAAUUGUGUAUGAUCAAAGAUUUGAGUUUAGAAGAGGAGGGUAACAUGUGCAUAGAAGAGACAAGGGUGCAGAGGGGGGAAGUAGAUACAGCACUGAUGCUUGAGGAAGUAGAAAACAGUGAUGGUGUGUUACUUCUGGCCUCUGAAAAUGAAAACAAGCCUGAUGAGGGAGCAAAACAGGCUGAAAAUCAGCCCUCGGUCUGUGAAGAGCUGCCGGCUGACCAUGGAGAUUUCAUGGGAGAACCAAUCCUCACUUCACUGCAUGUUGAAUUACAAAUGGCCUGCAACAAAAGUGCCAUUGUGUCUGAGGAUGAGCUAAUUGUUGUUCCACAAGAGCAUGCGAUGGCUCAUAGAGGUGAAAGUGAAAAAGCUGAGGAUGCGAAAAAGAAAGAGGAUGAGAGCACACUGAGAGAGCAGGGCACUGUCUUUCAGGAAGAAAGGGCAAAUGAGGCCGCAAACAAGCAGAUAAUAUAUGAAGUGCUGAAGCAGAAAGACGACAUCAAGUCAGUUAAAGAAGACAGUCAGGAAAAACAAAUUUCAACUGGACAUGUUACAUGCAGCGAAGAAGAAGUCGUGCAGAAUGCUCAAACGGAGCUGCACACCACUGAGUUCGCAGAUGGAGACCAAGAGGAUGUGGCUAAGGACACCGAAGGGCAAACCAAAACACAGACAGAUGAUGCUGAAACAGAAAGCAAUGGCGACGUGAUCGAUGUAAAAAUGACAACAACAGAUGUCUCUGUAGAUGAGAGAUUUUUGGACAAAGAUAAAAUAGAAGAGGAAAGGCUUUCCAGUGAAGAAGGCAACAAAGAAAGUUACAUGGGAGUAGCAUGUACAACCACGUCAGUUACAGUAAAACCUGAAGGUGAGACUACACAGGAAAUUAGCGGAGAGUUUAAAAAUAUUUCCCUGGAGAUGUUUGAAGGCCGGCUUGUUUUGUCCCAGGAGCUAAAUUCUCCAAUAUGUGAGGAAACACAAGAGGGAGUUCCUGGAUACAACAAUGAGUCAGGGCCAGAUGAAAAUACAACACAAAGGUUCCUGGAAGCAGGAGAUUGGAUGGAAAUCCCAGCCGUGCAAUUACCAGAAGAGGUGGAGAGCAAAGAGUCGGAGUGCCUUCAAAACAGUGGCUGGAGCACUGACUAUUUACUUGUGAGGGAGUAUAUGGAAGAGGAACAAGACCGCACAGGAGAUAUUAAGAAUAGCUUUGACUUGGUUGUGGAGGAGCACACUGAAACAGUGCAACUUACUGAAGCUGGAUUGCCACAAGAAACAGAAAAAACACUUGUUGAACCAGUAAUUCAAGAAUCGGGAGUCCUAUUUGGGGAAGAGGAAGCAAACACAUUGGUUGCCUCAAUGAAGACGGGGAUCGAGUACUCGGAGAAGGAAUUUGAGCUUGACGUUGGCUUAACAGAUGACACUGAUAAGACAACAAAAGAGCUCCAAGAUAGGACUGAAGAGCUUUUGGUUGAAUUUGAGAUAGAUGAGGGGUCAUGUGAUUCCAAAGAAGCUGAUCCUGCUGGAGAUGGCCAUGAGACAACAGGAGAUGUAGCAGCAGAGGAGGUGGUCACUGUUGAAACGUUAAGAUUUCUUGAGGCUGAAGUACAGAAUGACAGAGAGAUGAGCUUCUUCCAGGAAUCAGUAGAUGCUAUAAACUUAGAUCAAAACAGCUAUAGGACAACUAGUUUACAAGAAGUCUAUAUUAAAUCUGGAUUCCUGGAAGAGUUGGUGGAGAGUGACCUUAAAUUACUUGAAGAUGGUACUGUUGAAAUGCAAGAUGCAGGGAUCGACUUGCAAGAAGAGGAGGCAGCAGAAGAUGAAGUGCAGAACAAAAAUGAAAUGGAAAUUUCAAAUCUGCAUGUAGCAGGAAUAGCAGCUGAGGUAACCACAGAAAGGAGCGAAAAAGAAAAUACUUGGACUGUAGAGUCACUGGAGACACAAAAUCAGUUAUUAGGUGAGGAAGCACUUGAGGUAAGCAGUGAGGAAACUGAAACAGAUGUCAAAUCAAUCACAGCUGAGUCGAAACCAGGAGAUUUAAUUGUGUUAUCAGCAGAAGAAAUGGAAAAGCAUGUGACAGAAUCAGAGCAGAGCAGAACAGAGGCGAGUUGCGCUGAAGAAACAGUUAGCUCAAUCAUUGAACAUCAAGGUGUCAUUGAUGAAGAACUCCUUGACUUGUGGUUACAGACUGUGUCAGAGGACGCUGAUAACGUAAAACAACAAGAAAGGUCUGAACCUGGACAUCGAAUGGACACGGUAAGAGAGCCAUCAAACAAGGAACAAGGAGGAAUCUCAUCAGUGCAAACGGAGAAAGAUGACGAGCAGCUUAUAGAGUCAAAUUCAGGGGAAUCUGAAUUAGUGAAUGACACAGAAAUGUCUUCAUCAACAGCAGAGUCUGGAUUUUUGGACCAGUCUGUUGGUGAAUGGGGCACACAGAACAGUGAAACUCAGCUACUGAAAUCAACAAGCACUGGGUCAGUUCAAGGUGUAUAUGACAUGUUGGCUAAUAUGUCAGAAUCAGUAGACAUCUCUGAAUUGUCUGCCCAACUACCUGAAUUAAACUCUGAAUCUCAGGACAUAUUGAUAGAGGUAACCACUGAGACAAAGCAAUCAUAUCUGAAAGAGGAGGAAUCAAUCACAGGGACAGAGUUUCAGCCUGAUUCAGGAGUUACAUCAUCAGAGACAAGACAUCUAGAUGAGGAAUCAGAUCAAUCACAAGAAAAAACAGAUGAAGAAACUGGAUCGCGGACAGAGAUUGAUGUUGACGACCUAACAAGGAAAACUGACUGGAAAGAACCUGAAGAAGCAGAUAUUAAGUCAAUUACAGAAAUGAGCGUUCUUUUCAAAGUUGAAGAAACAAAAGUUGAAGAUGUGCCCCAUGAGACAACUACGUCUGACUCCCUUGAUGAAAUCAAACACACCGAGGCUUCUUUAGUGGAGGGAAUCAUGUUGAUGGAAUCUCAUUCAGAAGGAAACAUCUGUGCUGAAUCGGAGGAGACCUUAUUGAAUCUGCCCUCACUGGACCAACCGCAGCCCAUAUGGUCAGAAAAUAUUGUUGAUUCAAUACCUGGACUAAACAGGGUUGACAUGGAGGAACAGCUGAUGACAGAGUCUGAAGAUCACAUGGAGGUGGACGCCUUUGUGCUGGACUGUACUGCACAAAGGUCAAGAAUAGCUGUUAAAAACCCUCGUGUAAGGCCCCCCAAAGAUCCCCGCUCCCUGCUACAUAUGCCCUCACUGGAACCCACACCCUCUUCACAUGUACCAGUCAGAGUGCCUGCAGGUGUGCCUUUAGGAGGCUUGGGCAUUGGAAUAAAAUUACCUGGGCUUGGUGCAGGUUUUCCCGUUUUGAAAAAGACACAACGGGUGGUGAGAGAUGAAAAUAGCCAGACAACUCUCCCCCAGGAACCUGAGACAAAGCCAAUGGAAACGAGUGACACUCCCAAACAAGAUGAGGCACAACGCAAGCCUAAAUGGAUGCCACCAGGACAUUCAGGAUUUGGAAAUCCACUUAUGUCUGAGCUGAAGAACAAACUGAAGAAAACCACGAAAGAGUGAGAAGAAGAUCAUUUGUAACGCUUUGUGUAAAUAUCAGAAUAUAAUAUACAAAUGGCUUCAUCUUUGGUGUAUAUAUCAUUCAUAAAAUGUUUGUCCUGUCGUUUACUUUCCCCGUGUUUAAGUUUUGUAAUAAAGCUUAACUAAAAAGAG